AGGGGCGAGAGCAGGGGAGGAAAAUCCCUCCGAGCCAAAUUUGGCACUGGAGGAGGCAGCAUUAGCAGGACGGCGGCGGCGGAGAGGACGAGCAGCACGAGCAAUGCCGCCUCCGGGGCUCUGUGACGCCCGCUGAAUGAAGCGGCCGCCGAGAAGCAACGGAUCCACCGCGAGCGAGCGAGCGAGCGAGCGAGCAAGAAAGGCAGGCAGGCAGGCAGGCAGGCAGGCAGGCAGGCAGGCGCCGCACUACAACUCCCGGCUGCUCGGGCUUGCCAUGCAUCAGCAGGACCGUCGCCCUUCCGUGCUCGGCCGCUGGUGAACCCCCCCAUCGAGCCACCCCUCCCGGCGCGCCCGGGCUCUUCCUUCCUCUUCCACCCUCCCUCCCUCCGCUCUCUUUCUUGCACUCUUUCUUUCUUCCCUCUUUAAAAUGACGAUCGGUUUGGCCGGCUCAUCAUGGCCAAUGGGACGGGGGCGGCGGCGGUCAUGCUGAAAUGCGUGGUGGUGGGCGACGGGGCGGUGGGCAAAACUUGCCUGCUCAUGAGCUAUGCCAACGACGCCUUCCCGGAGGAAUACGUGCCCACCGUCUUUGACCAUUACGCAGUCAGUGUGACUGUCGGUGGCAAGCAGUAUCUCCUUGGGCUCUAUGAUACUGCAGGACAGGAAGACUAUGAUCGCCUGAGGCCGCUGUCAUACCCCAUGACGGACGUCUUCCUCAUCUGCUUCUCGGUGGUAAAUCCGGCCUCCUUUCAGAACGUCAAGGAGGAAUGGGUACCAGAACUCAAGGAGCAUGCACCAAAUGUACCCUAUUUGUUAGUUGGAACCCAGAUUGAUCUUCGUGAUGACCCUAAAACUUUAGCAAGACUGAAUGACAUGAAAGAGAAACCAAUAUCUAUGGAGCAGGGACAGAAAUUAGCAAAAGAGAUAGGGGGCUACUGCUACGUGGAGUGCUCUGCUUUAACUCAGAAAGGACUGAAGACAGUUUUUGAUGAAGCUAUUAUAGCCAUUUUAACUCCAAAGAAACACACGGUGAAAAAAAGAAUAGGCUCAAGAUGCAUUAAUUGCUGCUUGAUCACGUGAGACCCGCCGGAGCAACAGCCACGCGUACUGUGAAGUGUCAGAUAACAUGCAGAUAUUCACUUAAAAACACCGCUACCCUAUUAAUAGAUCAUAGAUCAACUGAGAAGCCGAUUUUGGGGGUUGCCAUUUGGUGAAAUCCAGCAGGGGAGGGAGGAAAUCCCAAAUGUGUGAGGGAACAGGCACCAUCUGUUACAAAUACUUUAUUCAGACUGGAAGGAAUGAACAAUCUCUCAGGGGUAACACAAUUUAGGACAAGCGACAGAUGCACUACCGCAUUGCCACAGCGUUUGAGCCCUGCUGUGAGAGAAGGCGCAGAACCCAGCGCUGCUUUGAAGACGUCUGGAUCGUCUCCUGCUUUGACCAUAGUCUCUGCUACACGGUUUUACAGAAUCGGCACAAUGGCACAAAAGCUUUCUCUCUUUGCGCCAGUUAUCUGCUUUUGUACGUAAGCUGCUUCCUGUUCCAGUAUAUCCACAACGGUGCGAGGAGGAGACCGGCCAUGUAGCCAAAGGUGGCUCCAAGUGAACAAGAAAUGGGCCACACCUGAAAGAGAAGAAUGCUGUGUAAGGCGGAGAGUUGGGCAAAAGGGAAGAGGUAGCCCCUGAUGUACUUUUAUGGGUACACUCUUUCAGCCGCAUCAAAAGAAGAAACCAAAAUGUGAUACUGGAUCCAUUGCAGGGCUUUCACACGCUUUCUAGGAGAAUGGCAAAAGUGUUCAUGGCCAUCAUGCAUUUCUUACAAACACUAAAUGUUGUACAGUUUUUAAGCCACUGUGCAUUCAAAUGUAACUCAGCUUUUGCUCUCACAGAGGAUGCUUGAGAAUGCCCAGAAGAGGGGCAGCAUUUGUGGAGCUCUUUGUGUGCCUGCGGCACUCCUGCUUUGCGGUUAUUUUUCCCCCUUUAUUUAAUCAUGGAAUGUUUAAAUGGUCUGGAGGCCUUCCCCCUCCAUCAUCGGAAUCUUUUGUUCUGGAAUAGCUACAACCGAAUAUUUGACAAUGAAGCACAAUGGAAAGAAGCAGAGUAAAGGAAGCCAUAGCUCAGAAGCAAGGACAAGGUUCGGGCUGCCUCCUCCCCUGGCUGCAGCAAGGGUGCCUGCCUGCAUGGCUGCACUCCGCCAUCUUGGCGAGGGGCACAUUGCAUCAGUUCCUGAAAUGCUUCCUGAGGAGAGAAGGCUUCCUUUUGUCUGCAGGAGGCUUCUGAUGCAGGGCGACUCUACAGACAGGAUGGCAGCCCUUGUCAGUCUUCCCCCCAUUACAACAGUCCCUCAGGCAGACCCAAAUCUGCUCUGGAACUGGGGUGGGGAGCAGCAUGGGAGGAUGCAGGGGUGGGGGAAUCGCCUCUGCCCCAGCCUUCUCCCCUGCCAGACGUGUUCUGAGUGGAGCUCCACUCGGGAAGUGCUGCUGCCCGCUGGGAAAAAGGAGCUGGCUCCAGUCUAGCCAUCGCUUGGAGCUCCUUCCCAGCCCAUCCACAGUGCUGCCUUCCCAUGAAGAAGCUAGUCACCCUGUCUGGCCAUUUGGCCUAAACAGAGAAUCGCAGCUCAUGCAGGAAGCGUGGGGUGGUGCACACGACCCUCAGUCCCCUGCUUGGUAUGAAGGGGGCACCCGUGCACACCUGGCCAGACACCCUCAGCAUGACACUAGCCAGGGCCCCGAUGGAGCAGGGUGCCCAACUGCGGGACGGCCUCGACGUGCACUCAGUGCAGGAAGGCUGGGGUGGAGCAGGCAGGAAGGGCAGCUCAGGGAUCGCACGUGCGGCCUCGUGCCUCUAGCCUGCGCCUGCAUUCCCUGCUUGGCCACCAUGCCUGAACGGGGCCAAGCUCCUACCAGACAAAGGGAAACAGGCAGCGAAAGGGGGAAGCCAGUUCCAGGAGACUGGAAGCACAAGCCACCCCCUUUGGCUGAGAUCAGAUCGUGAAAAUAGCACCCCAUCCAUUCUAACGCCAGCACUCUACCUCCAACAGCCUGUAGCCAGGAAAGAGGAGAGCACAAGGUUUGUUUUUUUAACUCGGGUCCCUAUGGCCUGAUUUUGCAAACAUUUAUGUCUGAAUAAAAGACAGGGUUUCCUUUGCUUUCUGAGGAAGGUAAAGCUGGAGUGAGGGGCAAGGAAGAAGGUCACCUGCUGCCUGCUUCCUUUCUAGCAAGACUGUGUUGGACUGGAAUUUCCAUCCUUCCCAUCUAACAUGGCCACUGGCAGUCUGGAAGGUGUCAGGUGGCAAAGCCCACUGUUCAGUAAAUUAAGCGGUUUCCUCUUUAGCCCAGCAAAAGGCAUUUCUUGAAAUUGGUUGCAUGAGUGGAUUGCUCUGCUGUAGCCCCCAGCAACCCUCCCCACCCCAAAUCUUUUGAGGGCACAUGGGCAGCUACAGGGAACGGCAGGAUUGCCCUUGGAACCUGUUUGGUCAAUGGGACGGUUGCUUCGUUAUAUCACUAACAAGUAUUACCUUAUACUUAUGCCCAACCUUCCCAUUGCAAGGAACCCAAUGUAGCUUGCCAGGCUUGCUUGAUCAGCAUUUUAUCCUCUCAACAACCCUGCGAGGUAGGUUAGGCUGAGAACUUGUGACUGUCCCAAAUCACCCAGUGAGUGGGGAUACAGCCCAGCUCUCCCACAGCCCAGACCAACUGUCCAGGCAAUAUACCCAAAUGGAUCUCACCCUCAGUGCUAUAAUGUGGCUUCACAGAGAAGCACCUGCCCGCUUGUACUGCAAAUAGGCCCUCCCCUCGUUGUGCACAGCUGUCAGAGCAGUGCAGGAAGCAGUCUGCACAGGGCAGCUUCCCCAGAACUAAAGAAGAAACCAGGCUUGAUGUUCAACUGGAAAAAGGCUGGCUCUUGACAAAUAUAAAUGCUUUCUUGCAACUUUCUAUUGCAGUUGAAUUAAUAAAAAGCAUUUAAGUCCA